GUCUCGCCUUAACAGUGUCGUGAAGAAUGAUAAUGGACUUUGUCACUUUACUACACAGUAUAUAACUGAGUAAAGAGUUUACCUUCAUUUUUAGAAGCGACUGACUCUGGUGUCCAUAUUACCUGUACAUCGGACACCUAUACUUAGACAUUUUCCCAGCUACCGUCUGCAAAUCUUUACCUGUGAUUGACAUAUGGUAUCGGAUCAACGAGAAAUUGAUCAUCGGGAAAGAGUUCGCCUAUCUUCUACUACAGCAUGCCAGUAGAACUGAAAGCAUACCAAGUGAGCAAGGGCGAUCAUAUCAACAAAGGUUAUACUCCUGACGUCCAAGGCGAGAGCGGACGUCCAAGUGAUGUAGCAGUUAGGAUCCAAAAUGGCAGCCCCGGAGAUGUGGAUGAUGACCCAGGCUAUGAUGACGAUCCACCAAAGGAUCACUGCUCCUUGUGUGUGUAUAACGUACAGAAGAGAAUCGUUGGAUGUCUGACGUCACAAUGGGUCAUUAUCAAACGAGCUGUGCUACUCGUAAUUCUUUGCCUCUAUUUCGCCUACUUUGGAUACUGUAUGUACUACCGUUUCGGGGACGAGGGCUCGAUUCGGCUGCUGGUGUGUACUGUGUUCGGCGUUUUACUCGCCUUCUCUCUGUUGGUAAUAGGAUGGACAAAAAAGCAGAGAAGAAGCUUAUGGCAAAGGCUCUUUAAACCAUGCGUUACAUCAAAGGCUGGCAAACGUGCUAUGGCGAUCAUAUCAGUAUUGCUGAAGCUGGUCGUCUUUGCUGUUAUUGCUAUAUAUAUCAUCGUUGAUGUGGCCAUCGACCACCCGGAAAAUCUCAUUGCGGUUGCUGGGCAGGCCAUCUACAUUGUCAUUUUCUUCAUUUUCUCGAUAAGUCCAGGCAAGGUGAAAUGGCACACCGUAUUUUGGGGGUUUGCUCUACAGUACAUCCUUGCCCUGAUCAUCCUGCGCCAGGAAUGGGGCUUCCAGAUCUUCAAGUACAUUGGAGACCGCGUCGGAGAGUUCCUUCAACACUCGGACGCCGGAGCAAUCUUCAUGUUUUCGGACCCAUUAAUCAGCGCACAUAUAUUUGCUUUUACUGUGUUACCCAUCGUCAUAUUUUUCUACACAAUCAUCAGUAUCCUCUACUACCUUGGGGUCAUGCAGUUCAUUGUUCGAGUAUUAGGGCGCAUGCUUGCCUUUAGUAUGGGUACAACGCCUGCUGAAUCUCUCAACGCUGCAGGAAACAUCUUUGUUGGCAUGACAGAAGCGCCUCUGAUGAUUAGUCCGUUCCUUAAGGAUAUGACGUCAUCAGAACUACACGCUGUCAUGACAGGAGGGUUCGCAACUAUAGCCGGAAGUGUUCUUGGAGCGUAUGUCAGCUUUGGUGUCCCAGCUAACCACCUUAUUUCUGCAUCUGUCAUGUCGGCUCCCGCCGCUCUGGCCAUCUCCAAACUGGCCUAUCCCGAGACGGAGGUGAGCAAGUCCACAAGCAGGGAUUUCAACAAGAUGGAGAAAGCUAAAGAGCGAAACAUAAUAGAGGCAGCCACUGCCGGGGCGACAGCGUCAACAAAACUGGUGGCAGCCAUCGCCGUCAACAUCAUCGCCUUUCUGUCCCUUCUCAACUUCGUCAACGCAACUCUAGUUUGGUGUGGGGAAAGAGCAGGAUUGAAGGGUUUCACGCUCGAGUUCAUCUGUUCGUACUUGUUUUUCCCGGUCGCCUUUUUCAUGGGGACAGAUGUUUCAGACUGUCGUAAGUUAGCGGAACUGAUAGGCAUUAAAACCUUUACCAAUGAGUUCAUCGCCUAUCAGAAAUUGGCUACCAUCAUCAGCAAUGGCGACGCUCUCGCUAAUUAUACUUCAUUCUACAACGACACGGCACACUGGUACUGGGACAAUGGCAACGUCAUCCUUAACAACACCAGCCAGGAGUUGCUCGGAGGGGUCAUCUCGCACAAGUCUGAAGUUAUAGCAACAUACGCCUUGUGUGGCUUUUCCAACUUUGGUUCGAUUGGUAUCCUCCUAGGAGCUAUGGGUGCGCUGGCUCCAUCGCGGCGAAGAGACCUGGCCCGAAUGGUAGUCCGCGCCAUGAUCUCCGGGACAGUGGCUUGCUUUCUCACCGCCUGUAUCGCCGGGCUCCUGUACAAAGAGUACUGAGGACUUGACCCCGUGAUUGACAAAUGAUAAUUGGUCCGUGACGGGAGUAUCGGAGGCGUAAAAAGUUCAACUGUGGCACAACGAAAAAAUUGACAAAAGAAGCUUACAUCUAACGCUUGACCAGACUUCGCUUCGGGCAUUGACCGUUUACUCUCUCUUAUAGAUAACGUAGUCAUUGACCACUCCAAGGUCAAUAGAUCUGUAGGUCAUUCGAAACCAGUCCAGCGUGACCAUCAACUCAUCUGUGCCCAACAAAGGUCAUAGAAAAUUUAACAAUUCACUGGAGACCACGACCAAGUUAUUGUUCCGCCAGAGUUACUGCCCUUCGCUCACUCGAGGUCACGUGAUGAUGCCAACGCCUUUCAUCCAUGUGAUGAUGCAUGGCUGAUGGUUCUACAUAGUUUAACUUCUUGUGAAGUCUUUAUUCAUAUAUAACUGUCAAGCUUAAGAUUUUCCAAUUAAUUCCAUAAAGCUUGAAAUGUGACAUUUCAAUUCUAAUGAAGGGACAAUUUAUUUCACUGCAUGUAUGCAUAAAAACUGUAUUUUUCAAUAAUGAAAUGUUAUAAAUAAAUAAACAUGGUAAUUAAAUCAGAAUCAGUAGACGACGGACCGUUAUAAGUUUGAAACUAACUCGUACAUUCGGACACAGCAUAGAAGAGGCUACGUUAAUACCAUUUCCGUUCAGUGAUUAGAGCUACAAUUUAAU